UUAUAAAUUUGUAGUGUAUUAUUUGUAUAGUUUUUCAUUUAUAUUUUGAUCGUAGUUUAUAAGUUUUUGUGAAAGCGAUAAUACACGAGUAGAAAGUUCUGUAACUGACACGCUAUUUCAAAAUGCUGCUAUCAGUAUCACUGUUACCACCAGUGCUAGUAAACUAAAACUUUGAAAGUGAAAAGAAAAUAAGCUACACCAGAAAUGUCUGAAGUUUGUGUGAAAUUUGUUUCUCGUAAGGUCAGUAAAGCUAGGUGGCAGCCUAUACACCGUGAUAGUUUGCAGCAUGAAAAACCACACAUUUUUGUGUCAGGAAGCUGGGAUGAUGAGGACAAUGCAGUUUGCAUGUGGCAUUGCCCAGAAACUAUAAUUGAUGGAAUGAAAAUAGAAAAUGAAGACCAAGUGAAGAAUGUUGAAAUAGAACCCCGAUUAUUAUGUGAAAUACCACAUCAUGGAGAUGUUACUGACCUUAAAUUUCUUUCAGGAGAUAUUUUGGCAGCAGCUUCUGCAACAGGGUCACUGACCCUCAUUAAGUCUCAUCGUAAUCAGACUUUGAAAGUGCAACAUGUUUGGGAGGGUGUUCACCAUUAUCUAAAGAAUCCAGCUCAAUGCACAGGUAUAGCUACAAGGAAAGACGAAAUUUGUACUGUUGGUGAAGAUGGGCGAUUGGUUGUCUUAAACAUAACUAGAAAACAGCAUUCCAGAGAAAUUGAUAAAGCUGACAGCUGUAGUCUGACGUGUGUCAGCUAUUUAAGCCAGCAAGAAGUCAUUGUAGGGAAUAUCCGUGGGCAUCUGAAAAUGUGGGAUAUGAGAUCCAACUCUGACAGUCCUAAUCGGAUUCUUUUGUUGUCUGGAGACCAAAUUUCAAUCACAUGUAUGAAUCAGCACCCUUCACAGUUUCAUGUUUUGGCUACUGGUACAGAAGAUGGAUCACUCUGCAUUUGGGACAUGAGACAAGAGAGUCGUCCAGUAACAAUCCUUAAUGCCCAUGCAUCUUCAAUGAUGGAGGUUCGUUUCCACCCAACCAAUCCUAAUCAUCUUUUCACUUCCUCAUUAGAUGGUGCUGUUUGGCAGUGGAAUGCAUCAGGGUUGAAAACAGCUCCUUUAAAUAUUACAGGAACACCAAGAGGUUCUGGUCUGUCAACAAUUAACCAGUCAGGACUUGGAAAUCCAUGGCUUAUAUGUGAUGCUUCAAAACAUCGGUUGGAAAUAGACUCGCUUCUUCCUCCUUUUGUGAAGGCUGUUAACAGUUUGGAUGUUGAAGAUACAGUUCUUGUCUGUGGUACAGACAGUGAAGCUGUCUAUUUGGUUACAGGACUAAAUGUUUGAUUAUAGUAUGUAUGUGAAGGCUGUUAACAGUUUGGAUGUUGAAGAUACAGUUCUUGUCUGUGGUACAGACAGUGAAGCUGUCUAUUUGGUUACAGGACUAAAUGUUUGAUUAUAGUAUGUUUGUGAAAGCUGUUAACAUAAUUCGAUGCUAAAUAAACAUUUUUGUUUUUGUAAUAUUAAUUUGGAAUGAUUCUCUUAUUUUGUAUUGUCUUUUUUUCUUUCUGCAGUGACUUGUUAGUG